CCUGACUGAAGAAUGAUCGUUGUUUAUGAUAUUCUUCAACUUGAACCAAAACUCCUCAAUAGGAUUUAAGAAUGGAGAAUAUGGUGGCAAAAAAAAAACCAUCUGAUAUCCUCGUUGUUCCACCCAAUCUUGCACUAUAUGAGACUUAUGAAUGGAUGCACUGUCAAGUACUAAAUACUUGUAAUCCAUACCAGCUGCAUCAAUUGUAGUGAGAACUUGCUCUAUGAAUUCUAAAAAGUCAUUACAAGUUGUGCCUUUUUUUUUACGAUUGGCGUGUCAUCUAAUCAUUGUCUUCUUUUCUGCUGCUGCUGUAGCGAUGAUUUCCUUUCGCGAAAGAGUAACAACACCGUAUUUGGAAAUGACACUUAAGAUACUCACGUUUGGCCCACUUGCUUCAAUUUGGAUUUUGCAAGGUGUUCCAACUUCACUUCAACCAUAAGAACGAUGCAUGUUUCUGUUGAAUCCAGCCUCAUCAAUAAACACACAAUCAUUAAUAAAAUCUAACUCUCUGAUAAUCCAAGAGUUCACUUCAUUAUUGUUUUGAUAGCAAAAAGUUAAAGAAAGAGGAAAAGACAAAAGACAAGUCUGUGAAAACUUCGCGUAGUUUUUUUAUUAAGAAAAAAAUACAAAAAAU